CUGCGCCGGCGAGCCGCCGCCGGGCUCCGGCGGGGCGCAGCUGGAGUUCAACCUCACCGAGCUCUUCGCCUGGUGGCUCCGCGCCGGCGACGGGCGGCUGCGGGUGCGGCUGAUGCCCGAGCGCCGCGGCGCCCUCCCGGGCAGCGAGCGCGGGCUGUCGGCGGCCAUCCGCGCCGCCCGCCCCCGCCUCCUCUUCCACGUCUCCGCGGCAGGUCUGACUACUUCGCAUCUCCCAGCAAGCAGCCCUCCUCUUCCUCCUGGUUACUCUGCUUGGAACUUGACCUGGGUCAUGAGAGAUACAUCCCCUUUCUUCUCCCAUAGAGGACGACACAUAUUUGACUGCAAUUUUGAAUCUCCUUGUGAGCUGGAAUAUUCCCUUACCUCAAAAGAUAAGGAAACCCUCAACAACGCAUGGCUCAGACUGAGUGCAGAGGAGAUCUCACAGCUAAACAUCCCAGAUGGGCCAGAGAGAGAUCACUCUGAGAAUACACCUAAAGGUUCAUUUCUGUUUCUCAAUGCAUCAGAGAGGCCAAGCCCUGUCAUCCUGAGCCCUUGGCUGAGAAGCAGCAGUGACCAAUGCAUAGUUCAAGUGGCUGUUUAUAAGUUUUACCAGCAGAGUGGAGAAUAUAUUGCUCGUGUCCUUCCCAUUGACGAAAGCAGAAGUGAAAUCUUAUCAGUGGAAAGUCCAGAGAAACAUGGAUGGGUGUUGCUUCAAAGGAGAGUUGGACAUCUAGAGAAACCAUUUCGGAUCUCACUGGAGUAUGUUGCUAAUGGGAACAAGAGCGUAGCGGCUGUGGAUUCCUUUGCGAUGAAGAACUGCAGUACAGGAUCUGGUUCUGGCUCAAAAAUGGCUCUGGAGGGUUCCUUCAGCUGCUGGAAUGGAACAGCGAUCAGGCUGGGGCAGACAUGUGACUUCAUCAGGGACUGCGCUGAGGGAGAAGAUGAGGGAGAUAUAUGCAAAAAGCUUCCCUCUGGCUUUUACUGUUCGUUUGAAGAAGGGGACUGUGGCUGGAUGCAGGGCUCCUCUGUGUCCCAUCCUUCUCCAUGGCGGAUUGGAAGCCCGGAGCACAACCGUUUUCCUUCAACAGAAGGUUGUGCACUCCUCCUUAACACCAGCAAAGCAUCAGCAGUAGCAAACACUGUCAUGACCAGCACUGCAUUUCCAGCUCCUUUGAGGAACUCCCCCUGUGAGCUACGAAUGUCAUGGCUCAUCCAUGGUGUCUUGCUGGGAAAUAUAUCCCUGGUGCUGGUCGAGAACAAGACAGGAAAAGAACAGAGCCGGACAUUCUGGCAUUCAGAUAACAGCGAAGGUUUGGGAAUAUGGCAGUGGUUGAUGUUACCUCUCCCAGAUAUACUGGAUAGGUUUUGGUUUCAGAUCGUCGCUUCAUGGGAAGAAGGAUCUGAUGCCGUUAUUGCUUUUGACAAUGUCUCCCUUAGUCUGGACUGUUAUUUAACAAUCAGUGGAGAGAAGACACCUCGAGGUACCACUCCAGACUCAAGCAAUUUGCUCACCAGUAGAGGUGGCCAGAAGAAGUUUGGAUGGGAACAAAAGCUUCUGGGAAAUCUCCAGCUCAACACUGCCCCCAUUUCUGGUCCAGCAGAUCACUGGUUAUUCACAACAUGUGGUGCCAGUGGACCCUAUGGCCCCACACAGAGCCAAUGCAAUGAUGCCUACAGAAACUCCAACCUCAGUGUUAUUGUAGGAGCUGAAGGAAUUCUCCAAGGCAUUCAGAUCUGGAGAGUACCAGCAACCAACACAUACAGCAUCUCAGGCUAUGGAGCUGCUGGUGGGAAAGGAGGGAAGAACACCAUGGUGCGGUCCCACGGCGUGUCUGUGCUGGGAAUUUUUGACCUCCAGAAGGAUGAUACUUUGUAUAUCUUGGUGGGACAGCAAGGAGAAGAUGCUUGUCCUAGUACUAAUGAUGUUAUACAGAAAGUCUGCAUUGGAGAGAGCAAUGUGAUCGAAGAAGAGAUACGUGUGAACAGAAGUGUCAAUGAGUGGGCAGGAGGAGGUGGAGGCGGGGGAGGUGCAACUUACAUAUUUAAGAUGGAGAAUGGAGAACCGGUCCCCUUGAUAAUUGCAGCAGGAGGUGGUGGCAGGGCCUACAGGGCCAAAACAGACACAUUUCAUCCAGAAAGGCUGGAGAAUGAUUCCUCUGUUCCAGGGUUGAAUGGAAAUUCAGGAGCUGCAGGUGGUGGAGGUGGCUGGAAUGAUAACACUUCCUUCCUGUGGUCAGGAAAAUCCUUGCUGGAAGGUGGCAAUGCUGCAGUGGACAAUGACCCAGAGAUGGAUGGGGAGGAUGGUGUGUCCUUUAUUAAUCCAAUUGGUACUUUAUACACUCCAGCACUUAAAGUGACAGAGGGGCACGGAGAGGUGGAUAUUAAGCUGCAUCUUAACUGUAGUCACUGUGAGAUGGACGAGUGCCGUGUUGAUCUUGAGACUCAAAAAGUCAUUUGCUUUUGUGAGCCAGGCACAGAGUUGGCUGAGGAUGGUGUGUCUUGCAUAGCUGAGCCAGUGGUUCAUCUCCCUCUCUCCUUGAUCUUGUCUGUAGUGACUUCAGCAUUGGUGGCUGCUCUAAUUUUGGCUUUUUCAGGAAUCAUGAUAGUAUAUCGUCGGAAGCACCAGGAGCUACAAGCCAUGCAGAUGGAGUUACAGAGCCCAGAAUAUAAACUGAGCAAGCUGCGUACCUCCACUAUCAUGACAGACUACAAUCCCAACUACUGCUUUGCAGGAAAGACCACAUCCAUUAGUGACCUCAAAGAGGUGCCUCGAAAAAACAUCUCCCUCAUCCGGGGUUUGGGCCACGGAGCCUUUGGUGAGGUAUAUGAAGGUCAGGUGGCAGGGAUCCCCAGCGACCCCACUCCCUUGCAGGUGGCUGUGAAAACAUUGCCAGAAGUGUGUUCAGAGCAAGAUGAGCUGGACUUCCUCAUGGAAGCUCUCAUUAUUAGCAAGUUCAACCACCAGAAUAUCGUGCGCUGUAUCGGGGUGAGCUUGCAGGCACUGCCCCGUUUCAUCCUGCUAGAGCUCAUGGCUGGAGGUGACCUGAAAUCAUUCCUGAGAGAGACACGGCCUAGACCGAAUCAGCCCUCCUCCCUUUCUAUGCUGGACUUGCUCCAUGUGGCUCGUGACAUUGCUUGUGGGUGUCAGUACCUGGAGGAGAACCACUUCAUUCACAGGGAUAUUGCUGCCAGGAACUGCCUCCUUACCUGUCGAGGGCCUGGGAGAGUGGCUAAAAUCGGAGACUUUGGAAUGGCCCGGGAUAUAUACAGAGCCAGCUACUAUCGGAAGGGUGGGUGUGCAAUGUUGCCUGUCAAAUGGAUGCCUCCUGAGGCUUUCAUGGAAGGGAUAUUUACAUCAAAAACAGACACAUGGUCCUUUGGCGUAUUGCUGUGGGAGAUAUUCUCUUUGGGAUACAUGCCCUACCCUAGCAAAAGUAACCAGGAGGUUCUGGAGUUCGUCACCAAUGGAGGAAGGAUGGAUCCACCUAAAAACUGCCCUGGCCCUGUUUAUCGCAUUAUGACCCAGUGUUGGCAGCACCAGCCUGAAGACCGGCCAAAUUUUGCCAUAAUCCUGGAGAGGAUUGAGUACUGCACUCAGGAUCCAGAUGUCAUCAACACGGCUUUGCCAGUAGAAUAUGGCCCAUCAGCUGAGGAGGAGGAGAAGGUAGCGAUGCGCCCUGAUGAUCCAGAAGGAAUUCCUCCUCUCUUGGUCUCCACACACCAAGACAGAAAGGAUGACAAGCAAACUCUGCCAUCUCCACCACCCCUGCCAUCAGCCAUGACUGCUGGAAAACCUCUAGGGAAAGUGGGAGCCUUGGAACCACCAGUGCCGGGGAAGGUGCAGUCAGCCUCAGCGGGGGGCCAUAUCAACAUGGCCUAUGCCCAGUCCAAUCCCCCUUCUGAGCUGCACAAAAGCCGGGGCUCCAGAAACAAGCCCACCAACCUCUGGAAUCCAACCUACGGUUCCUGGUUUGCGGAGAAGCAGGCCAGCAAAAGCAGUUCUCUGCUGGAGAAGGAGGUGCCCGACAGGGAGAAUUUGGGACAGGAAGGAAACUGUACUGUGGGGCCCAACAUUGUGACUGGCAGGCUGCCAGGCUCCUCCCUGCUAUUAGAGCCAUCUUCCCUAACAGCAAGUGUUAAAGAAGUGCCUCUCUUUAGGCUCCGCCACUUCCCCUGUGGGAAUGUCAACUACGGAUACCAACAGCAGGGCUUACCCUUGGAAGCCUCCACACCACCUUGCGCUAGCAGUUACGAGGACCCCGUCCUUAGAAACAAGAGCCACAUAACCCAGCAAGGGCCGUGAGAGCCCUCUACCCUCUUGACUUUUCCCCUUGUGGCCCCUGAGCCUUGAAGAGAUGUCCUGUUACCCAGUACACCACGAGCAAGGGAUCUGACAGCAUUACCUUCCAUUUUGUGCCAACUUGCUCCAAAAGUGCCACCCUCGAAGCUGUAAUUUCAACUAACCCGAGAGGCUUCACAUCACCGGAGCCCCCAUACAGUAAAAGAAACAAGGGGGAGGGAGGAUACAGGAAACAGAUGUUAACUGCAAGGCCCAGCUGCUGUUGCAUCAACUCAUACGCAUGGUUGUUGUCAUGCCCUUCCUGUGAGCUUUUCUCAGUUGUGCGUUCUCUGCUUAAGUGUAAAGCCGCGACUCACUGCCUUGAGUGUUUCAUGUGUGGGGUUUUCCGUGCCAAACUGGUGGUUGCUGUGGAACACCUGGAGAUCUCCUGCAGCUGGCAGAGGUUGUGGUGGGUUUGGGGAGAGCAUCCUCUAUCCAAACCAAAAAAGUAUACAACAGCGCUGAACAGUGACGUGAUAGCACAUUCCCAAGUUGUGUUCCAGCUACAGUCCGGUCUUCGAAAGUCCUUCAAGGCACAGCGGUUAUGGGGGUGUUGGCAGGGCAAUAGAAAGACACUGGUCAUACUGCAUUGCUUGAAAGAGAGAGGAGAGGAAGCAUAGAGGAUGGGUGUAGAUGCUAUGAGGCAUUCUGGGUUGGGAGGGAGUGGUGUUUGAUGGGGUUUUUGGUUUGUUUUCUUUUUCCUGUGCUUAAGCACUAAAACUGAGUAAAGCCCUUUAAAAUUUCUUCUGUACUACAAAAGUAGAAAUGACCUUCAUCAGGAACUUGUGCGUGUCAAGUGGAACCCAGGUGAAGUUUUAAAGGACCGUGGUCAUGAGAGAAACUUUCACCGUGCCCUGAAAAUGGACAGCCACCUGCAUACCUCACAGGUUUUCAGUAGCCUUUGACAUACCCUGUACAAACAGCAACAUAAAGGCAGAAGACUACAUCGUGCCACAAUCCGGAUGCCAGAUACUGUCUGUAUUGGAAGGGUUUAGAGCCCUUGUUCCUUUAACAAAAUACGUGUAUGAUAGUGGUCUAAAGACAAACACUGCAUUGACUCAUUUUGUACACCUUGUGCAUGAAAAAUAUUCCAGUUAAGUGUAUUGUCAAAACAUAGAUGUAGGAAAUAAUUCAUGUGUAAAGACAUGCAUUAGUAACUUCAACUUAGGGUUGCAAGGAGCUGUUUUACCAUGGACGCUAUCCAAAGAAGGGGUGCCUAUUUCCGUAGAAAUGGGUGUACUGGAGCAUCAGCAAAGGAAUGUGAAGGUGUUCUUUAGUCCAAGACUUCAUUUCAGUGAAGUGACUCUGAAUCUGGCCCUGGAUCCAAACACUGAGUGGAAAAGCGGGAAGCAGUAUGAUCUACAGGAUGUAAAGCACGACUGGGAAAAUCCUGUGCUACCACUCUCAUGCUCUGAAAAUGGCUUAUUUCCAUGUGGAUGUUACCUGUUUCCUAUAGAUGUUAGGUAGGUUUCUGAUUCUGUAAGCUGCUGAGGGUAAACUAAGUUGGGAUGCCUGUUUAUCUACCUUUCCCGUGGCCCCUUCAUCUUCCUUUUUGCUACUGAACCUUGUUUCUCCAUUGUGUGCCUGGAAAUGAAGAGAGGCAAGAAGUUUGGCUGGUUCUGCUUCCUCGAGGAGCAGUGGAAGGAGUGGUGGCAGCGGGAGAGGGACUUUGCUGUAGCGAGGGGAGGUACAGGUACCGCAGGCUGAAAGCACGAGGGCCAAGUCAGCCCUUCGCAGCGGUGUAGUAUCGCGGGUCCAGCGGCUUCCCUCCCCCUGUGUUCACCAAAGGACGCGGGCUCAGCGUGAGAGCAGCUGCAGCACCGCUGGGCGCAGUCAUUCAUACGCUGCACGAUGUAAGAGCUCUGAAACAGGCUAUGAAGGGUUUGAAUUUGCAUGUCUGCUCCUGUUACUGAGCCUAUCUUCUGGGUGACGAGAACCUUGACAUAGGAAUAGCAUAAAACAGCCUUUCACAGCAGCAAAGACAUCACUGUUUGUCUGUCCCAAAGUUAAACCCAUCACAGGAAAAUGUCCAAAUUGUCUGCAUCUGGCUUCUUUUAGUAACAAGCUUCAUUAUAGGAGUGUCUGUCUCAUGUACAGCAGUUUAUGCAACAUUGUUUAUAAAGGAAGGGCCUGUGCACUUCAGGGAUACUAUAAAGAAAAAUACUAAUAUAUGGUCAUUGAGUAUUUUGUAUUGACUAGUGUAUUUGUAUUGUAAACAAGUGUAGUGAACCACAAGGCAUGAAGACAAAUAAAAUGACUGUAGCUGGC